AUGCCCCCUCCAAAUACCCCCACAUCCGACCCCCCUCCAGGUUCAGUGAAUAUCAAUUCGCUUUCUGCACCGCAGCUCCGUGCCCUGCAAACCCGUCUCUCGUCGGAAUUGGAGCAUUUGACGUCUUCGCAUGCCAAGUUGCGCGCAGCACAAUCGAAAUUCCGGGACUGCGUGCGUUCAAUCAACGAGGGUGUUUUGGGCUCGGAGAAGAAGGGUACUGAUGGAAAGGAUGGGAUCUUGGUUCCCCUGACGAGUUCUUUGUAUGUGAAGGGAAAACUUACGGAUCGCGAAAAGGUACUGGUGGAUGUUGGGACAGGGUUCUAUGUUGAGAAGACAGCACAAAAGGCAAUUGAAUUUUACGAUGAGAAGAUCAAAACUCUGGAAGCAAAUCUCCUGGAGCUGGAAAAAAUUGUCCAGACAAAGAGUUCCCAACAAAGACUUUUCGAAGACGCUCUGCGGCAAAAACUGCUUAGUGAACGUUCCUCAUCGUCCGGUACGGCUGCGGCGGCGGGUGGCUAG